UUCUUCUUUCUAACUCCCAACGCUAUUUCUUCAUCACUAACAACUUUAUAUAUUCAUCGCACUCUAUUUCUACCACGUGUCACAAACAUACACGGUUCAAACUAUCUAUAUAUAAAAAAAUACUCCUCAAGUUCAAUUCAAUCACAUGAUGAAACAUUGAAUUCUUGUCCAACAAGAAAGGAAACAACAACAACGUACCAAACACGCUUCAAGCUUUAUAAAAUCUCUAAAUACCAAACAACAAACAAAACUACACUUCAAAAGCUAAAAAAAUACUAACCGGUUCUUUCCCGGUACCCGGUCAGCUGCACAAUGAACGGCAGCGAAAACAACCAAACCGAAACAGUAAAAUCACUAGAUUUCAGAAAACUAAAAGUCGUAUCCGCCGUAGGACGCGGCGCCAAGGGCGUCGUUUUUCUCGCUCAAACCGGUAACCGGUCUUCAGACGAGUGCCUUGCUCUGAAAGUAACAUCAAAAGCUCUUAUACAUCAAAAGAACGCAAAUAAAAAUUCAAAAGGCUCUGGAGAGUACAAGAGAUCGUCGUUUGAAGAAGAAGUGCUACGUCGUUUCGAUCAUCCACUUUUGCCACGGUUGCGAGGUGUUUUCGAAACCGAGAAAAUCGUUGGAUUCGCCAUUGAUUAUUGCCAUGGCGGUAACCUCCAUUCUCUCAGAAAGAAACAAACUGAGAAAAUGUUCUCCGAUGACGCCAUUAGGUUUUACGCUGCUGAAUUGGUUCUUGCAUUGGAGUAUCUUCAUAAUUUAGGAAUAGUGUACAGAGAUUUGAAACCAGAGAACGUGAUGAUUCAAGAAAACGGUCACAUAAUGCUUGUAGAUUUCGAUCUAUCUACGAAGCUGAAACCUAAAUCGCCACCUCAAUCACUGAGUAAUAACUCGUCGGUUAGAUCUAGCCUUUCAAAAGAGAAACACGCGAGGAAGCGGUUGAUUUCGAGAUUCUACCGAUGUAACUCGGGGAUCUCGCCGUGUGACUCGGAUUUUGACUCGCAACCUGGUGUGAACUCAGUGAGUAGAAACGAGUCGGGAUCUGUUGAAUCGGUUGAAAAAUCGAACUCGUUCGUUGGAACGGAAGAUUACGUGGCACCUGAAAUCGUACUUGGAAAAGGUCACGGUUUCGAAGUUGAUUGGUGGUCGUUAGGUGUCGUUUUACACGAGAUGUUGUAUGGAACGACGCCGUUUAACGGGACGAAUAGGAAAGAAACGUUUUACAGGAUUUUGUCAAAGGAACCUGAGUUAACGGGAGAGAAAACAGCGUUAAGGGACUUGAUUCGUAAAUUGUUGGAAAAGGAUCCUGACCGUAGGAUCAGGCUGGAUGAAAUCAAGGGUCAUGAUUUCUUUAAAGGAGUUAUGUGGGACAGGGUGGUUGAAUUGGCAAGACCACCUUAUAUUCCUUGUAUUGAAGUUGAGAAUGAGAAUACGAAAGGGUAUAGUAAAAAAUAUGUGGAGGUUUUUGUUCAUGAAGUGUUUUUUCCGUGUGGUGAUGAUAAUAAUGAAGAGAAAAAGAAUAAAAUGGAAGAUAAGAGGAUUAACGGUGAGGAUAAAACAGGGUGGGUUGAUAAAUUGAGUACUAGUCUCAAUGAGAAUGAGGAUUUUUUAAUUUUUUGAUAGUUAUUUUUUAAAAUAUUCAUUUUGUACGCUAUAUAUAGUAGUAUUAGGUUUUUUUGGGUUACAGUAUUAUUAGGCAUCUAACAGUUGAAUAAUUAUUUCAACAAAAUAUGCUGACUACUAUAUUAGGCAUCUAAAGGUAGGGACUGAGUUCAGAUGAUUAUUUUUUUUAUUAAAAAACGUUAAGAUAUUGCCAAGAUCUAUAAACUUCUUUGUUAUUUA